AUCAUCUGAUAUUUUUUCCGAACACCAUUACAUCUGCUGCAUCUGCAUAUGAAACUUUUCCUCAUUCCCCUGAUCUUGCACUUAUCUUUCGUCUAUUCGGAUCGAGAGAAAAAGCUGUCGGACGAAGAAAAGAACGCGAGAUGCUGCGCCAGAGGUCUCAGCUGCUGCAGGAAAGCAGUAGAACCCACGAACUUCGAGGUGCGAGCUCUGCUGACGAAGUGCCAUCGUGAGGAGGAGGCUGGGGCAGCGUCCAAAACUUUGCCCCCGACGUCCGCCAGGAAGAGGCGGGUCCCUGAGGAGGGCUCGAAGGCCUGUCAUCACGAGGUACAAAAUGGUAUUACCAACUGCAAGAAGAAAAUCAAACUGACCGUGAAGAUCAAGAACACCUGGAUAACCAAUUUAAAAAAUCAGUAUAUCAUAAUUGAUCAUGUUUUUGACUCGGUAACGAAUCAAAAACAGAAACUGCUGAAUCCUUACGUGCUCAAAAUAAGACAAGAGCCAGUCGUUCAGACUUACGAGCUAGGUUAUGAAAGUAUGGUCAACUCUGAGGCGAAAGAAAAAGUCCAUAACAAAAAAGAACAAGGUUAUACAGGGUGCAGCGUUAAUCCCUCGAAAAACCCAACAUGUGGUACAAUGAAAUAUAGGAACGAGGUGAUACCAUACAGCACUGGAUUUUGCUGCUCUUGUGAUGAAAAUAAUAAUAAUGAAAAUAAAAACCAUGAUGGAAAAAUGGCGAGGAAUGUUAGCUUUUCUCCUGACGGGAUUGCCGAUACUUUCAAAAUGUCGUUUCCAUCUGGAUUUUCGAGAAAAUCGAGAACAAGUUUUAAUGGUGCUGAAGAAACACACAACCUUCAAAAACGAGGCGGUCAAGACUGCAACGACAAGUACACACCGCCAAACGCCGAUCCCAACACCUACCACGACAGUACACACUGUCUAGAAUUCUCUGACCUCUGGUACAACGUCUACCAACUCGAAAAACCCAAACUGCGACACACCAUUACCCUGCAAAUCUACCAAAAAUACCAAGACUUCGAAAACAGCUGCAAAUGGAGGGACCUCACCAAGAUGCAACCGAUAAUCGUUGGUACCUCAUCUCCAGGCUUCCUCAACGACCAAGGCACCGUGAGCGUUAACUACAGCACAGAAGAAACCAGCGACAACCUCUUCUCCCUGCAGUACAAAACCCAAAAACUGCUCAUACCAGACACCUCCAACGUUCCAGACCCCAAUGGCACGCCAGAACUCAGAGGAGGCCCGUCAGAGUACCUGGUGAUCCAAGACACCCAAGUGGAGCCCACAGGAAAAAGCUGCAACACCGCCGGGGUGGGCUACGAAGCUUUCGCCAAACAACCCAACAGGUGUUCCGUAUCCAAAGGUUCCUGCCUCGAAAACCAGCCCAGCCAAAUGUGGCGACAAGAUCACGAACUAGAAGCCAGCGGGAAAAGGGGCAAGUACUUCCUCAAGAAUUUCGGUGUACUCCCAGAAUCUCCGAUCUCCCAAAACGACUCUUCCAGUCAAAAUAAAACCUUGACGAUGUUCUUCACCGAUUGCCAUACCAGCGUACUGGACGUGGAAAUCAGAGCGGACUACAACACGGUGCUGAGACCCAGCGCCCUAGCUAUCAUCACCGAGGUGUACGUGGAUAGCUCAGCUCCCGAAAAAACCUCCAUCAUCGCCAAAGUUUUCAACUCUGGCUUGGUAUCGGGGGUGUUCUCCGUCGAUCUCACCAAUUGCCCUCUAGACCUGCCGGCCAGCUUCGGCAACAUCAACUCCAAACCGGCUUUCAUCCCCCCACAGCACCAACACAUCUACAAGCUGGACAUUGUCUGUCCCUUGCCCCUCACUAGAUUCGUCUGCUCACUCCAAGUGCUCAACGACAAACAAGAGCUCAUAGCUCUGCGGGAAAUCAGGCUGCAGAAGCAGGACAGAUGCAUCUGCGUUUGGCACUGUUCGUGCGCUUGCCUCUUGGAGGAUGGAGGUUUGAGGUGCAGCCCCAUGUCCUUACAAGCUUACUACGCUGCAGGUUUCCAAGGGGGAAUGCCUCAAUCGCUGCACGUCGUCCAAUAUACUUUACUCGACGAUCUGGUGAGCAUGAUGUUGUACAUCCUUCUGUUCCUCUGCCUCACUCUGAUGUUGAUGGGGCUACUCAAAGCGCUGCUGGGGGUGAUUUCGGUGCCGAUUGGUCUGUGGGGUAUGGACGUUAUCCUAGAUCUGCCGAAGAGGAUGCACAAGUACUACGAGACCGAGAUAGACCACAGACAAGUGCUAUAUGAUGGCAGCGGUUGGCCAAUUCACCCUGAUACCAAGAAACGAGUGAGGAAUAUCCCCUUGCAAGCCGAGUUUUGUAUCAACGUGAUUUUCUUCAUGGUUUAUCCUCUGGCUCUAAUUUGGUCGAUGAUAAGGAAGAAACCUUCGGAUAGCAGUGACGAGUUGAUUUGUUACUGCAAGGAUGGAGGAUUGGUGCAGAGAAAGAGUAGCGGUUUGCAGAACAGUGUUGUUAGGAAAUCGUCUCUUCAAUCGAUCAAAAAAUAAUCAAUAUUAACAAUAAAAGGUU